AUGAGGGACGCUGCGUCUAUUAUGCUCAACUGGGACACUUCUAGUCAGCUGCCCAGUAAGGAGAGGAGGCACACGAGAGCAAGAGGGACAGAACAAGAUGUCAGCCUGUCCAAGGGGAUUCCGGGGCUGACGCCAACUUUAUGGACAUUGAACCUGUCUCCUCCGCCUCUAUCUGAUGAUAUGGACGGCAGAUUAUUUGAAGAGACUGUUCCUGUUUCUCUGGCUCCUCUGAAAAUUCCCGAGAAAGACAUUGUUCUCCCCAGCCACUCUUCAGCUCCAUCUCCUGUUCGAAAUACUGAUCAAGAGGCUGAUUUCCCUGAUCUUUCCGGCGUUCCUUCAUGCUAUUGGGCUUUAAAGGAGGUCUUCAACAAGUCUAAGGCCAAGUCUCUACGUCCGCAUCGACCUUAUGACUGUGCCAUAGAUCUUCUGCCUGGCACCACCCCUCCCAAGGAACGACUGUACUCUGUCUCUGGUCCAGAGACACAGGCCAUAAGAAAUUAUAUUGACUUGGCGCUGGAAGCUUGGAUUGUCUUGCCCUCCUCCUCGUCAGCAGGGGCUGGUUUCUUGUUCGUGGGAAGACAAGACCCUGCAUUGACUACCAGGGUCUCAACGACAUCACAAUUAACAGGGUUCAUUGUGUCUGAGGGGGAGGUGAAAAUGUUUCGUGCGGUUCCGGAGUGGCCUACUCCUGGAUCAAGAAAGGAGGCUGAGACCGCCUUUCGGAGACUUAAGACGGCGUUCACCACCACCUCGUUCUCACUCUCCCUGAUCCGGGACUCUAGUCAAUGGUGGAGGCUGACUCUUCAGAUCUGGGAGUCGGAGCCAUCCUCUCUGAGCUACCACAACAACCAAAAAGAAGAUCGCCGCUGGAGCCUCUCAUGCAAGUCCUUACCAAAUACCCAAAAGUGCUACUGGUCAAACUUUGUUAACGGGUUUGACAAAAAUGUUGACUUUUCUUGCCGACAAAAUUAUGUGGUUGCUGGCGUCUACAGCUACCACUCCAACUCUCAUGAAGACAGGCGGUGGAGGUUUUACUGCUGUACGGCCCCACAGUUUGAAACAUCUGACUGCCAGGAAACGACGUGGAUGAACUACUGGGAUGAAUAUUUCAACUGGUAUGUCCCCGGAGCCAACUACCUGACAGGCUUAAAAAGCUACCACAGGAAUGACAAGGAAGAUCGACGCUGGCGUUACACCUACUGCAGAGGAGAGAGAAGAGACACCAGGUCAUCAACCAACUUUGACGUAAUGUCAAAAAUUCUCAACGCAAACAAAGUUCUAAGCAGGGGUUACACUGAGGGUGACAUAGCUGUCCCAAGGACUCGAAAUGCCAGGAUUUGUAAUACCUGCAGAUGGCCAAAAUCCUCCAAGGUGGUUGAGAUUCCAUACACCAUCAGCAGUUCCUUCAGCAGUUCCCACAAGUCAAUCAUUGGGAGAGCCAUGAAGACAUUCUCCAGUAGCACCUGUAUUCGUUUCAUUCCUCGAUGCUCCCAGACCAACUAUAUCAGCAUUGUAAGCAAAAAUGGGUGUUCGUCUCAUGUGGGACGAACUGGAGGAAGUCAAGAAUUAUCUCUUAGCACACGUGGAUGUGUUUACCAUGGUAUCAUUCAGCAUGAGCUCAUUCAUGCACUGGGCUUCUGGCAUGAGCAAAGUAGGAGUGACAGGGACCGUUAUGUCAGGAUCAACUGGGAAAAUAUCCAGAAUGGUAGGAAACAUAACUUCAAUCGUUACACCACCAACAACCUAAAUACUCAGUAUGACUACUCUUCAGUUAUGCAUUAUGGAAAAACUGCCUUCUCAAAGAAUGGAAAGGAUACCAUCACUCCUCUUCGUUCAAAUGUGAGGAUAGGCCAGAGGGACGGCAUGUCAAAAAUUGACAUUCUGAAGAUCAACAAACUUUACAACUGCAGUAUGUAUAUUGGCUCUCAGACAAAACAUUGA